CUCGCAGCGCGAGAAACCGGUAAUAAUAAUAAUAACAACAAUUACGAUUCUCGACUCUUUUAUGCGAAUUUGUUGAAAAAUCGAAUCGAGUCUCGCUCUCAGUUAAUGCUCAGCAGUGAAACUCGUCAGGUUUAUAAACAAAAGUUUUUAAAGGGUUAUAGCUUUAAAUAGUUCGGCAGCAAAAUGAUCAUUUUGUAUAAGACGGUUGUGUGUUUGGUUUUCUUCGUGAGAUUGUUCAGCACGCAGGAUAUCAUAUUCCGCGACGAUGAUCACAUCAACCAUGAAUUUGUAAACAUGAAAAUGAUUGAAUCCAACGAGGAAUCAGAUCGUUGGCAAGAUAUUGGGACUUCAUCAACAUCAGCAACACCUGUAGAGUCCACGACACCUCCGAUUACCACGAGUUCUGAAUCGACUUCUACCCUAGAAUCAGCAACAGAGUCAACCAGCAAUCCACCUGUUCAGUCUAACGUAACUUGUCCAGAGAACAUGAUAUUCUACACCGAUGCACAAAUUUGCGAUUGCAAGCCUUACUUUGUAUUCUUCGAAAAAGAAGAUGCAUGCUACGAAGUUUAUACUCAAGGUCCUUGCCCCCUUGGACAUUAUGCUUAUGCUGGACUGGACAGCCCGUACCCGAAAUGCAUUUUUAAUCAUUGUCUCAAAGACAAUUACGUGAUCUUCAAAGACAGCUGCUACGAGAUGCGCAAAGUUGGCGGAGUUUGCGGCGACCAGUCACACCUUUAUGUUAACCAAGAUACUUUAGAACUCGAAUGCGUCGAUACGUCUCUUAUACCUUUUUUCAUUGUUGGUGCACCGCCCAACAAUCGAAAUGCUUGUCCACCUGGUAGUCGGAGAAAUAAGUUGGGUCACUGUAAAGUUAUUUAUGGAGGAAAAUCCUAAUUCUCUGUGAUAUUUUAUAAGAACUUUUACUUUAUUAAUUAAAUAUUUAAGAAAUAAUCUAUAAUGAUGCAUCUACAUAGUAUGUCAAUUAUGUACACAAACUAAUAAUGUUAAUUUUUUACAGUUCUUUUCAUGAUUAUGUCAUUCUAAUUAAUUUUCUAUUUUAACAUUUGUAUAUUAAACCUGCAUACAUGAUAUUAUGGUAUGAUGUACACUGUAGGUAUAUUGUGUGUAUAUUUACAAAAAUUAUUUCAUCAAAUAAACUUGUGUACAUUAUUUUAUUCAUUUAAAAGCAUUUU